CGAUGCGAUUGUUUGUUCAACGAUAAAACUCUUUGCCACAUUACUAGACCGAGGGUUAUGCUCUAGAUAAACGGGAAGAGAUGCCAAAGGAACUUUUGGAUCUGCCUUUUCUGACAUUCUUGUCAAUUGCUUACAACAAUUUCUCCGGACCCAUCCCAAAUGAGCUUGGAAAUCUCAAGGAGCUCUAUCUGAUGUCUUUUGGUGUUAACCAUUUCUCUGGGACCCUGCCACCAGAACUUGGUAAUUUAGUCAAGCAUGAACAACUAUACAUUAACAGUUGUGGAUUGGGUGGUGAAAUUCCCUCAACAUUUGCUAACCCUGAAAACUUGCAAGUUGUGGUGGCAUCUGACAGUCCAUUCACAGGCAAAAUACCAAACUUUGUUGGCAAUAACUGGAAAAAAUGUCACAUCAUUGUAAUUCAUCAAAACAUCUUAGUUAUAAUCUUCAUAUAAGUUCUCUCUGAAUCAGACAUCAAGAAGUAUAGUUUUGCAUAGAUUUUUCAUCAGUUGGACUAACCUGUCAAAUGCUUAUACAGGAGAUUUGAAAGGAACUCUUUUGAAGGUCCAAUACCAUC